AUGUUGUGUUUAUUGCAUCAAGUUGUAUUUAUUUCAAAAAGUUGUGUUUAUUGCAAAAAGUUGUGUUUAUUGCAAAAUGUUGUGUUUAUUGCAUCAAGUUGUGUUUAUUGCAAAAUGUUGUGUUUAUUGCAUCAAGUUGUGUUUAUUGCAAAAUGUUGUGUUUACUGCAAAAUGUUGUGUUUAUUGCAAAAAGUUGUGUUUAUUGCAUCAAGUUGUGUUUAUUUCAAAAUGUUGUGUUUAUUGCAAAAUGUUGUGUUUAUUGCAAAAAGUUGUGUUUAUUGCAUCAAGUUGUGUUUAUUUCAAAAUGUUGUGUUUAUUGCAAAAUGUUGUGUUUAUUGCAUCAAGUUGUGUUUAUUUCAAAAUGUUGUGUUUAUUGCAAAAUAUUGUGUUUAUUGCAAAAUAUUGUGUUUAUUGCAAAAAGUUGUGUUUAUUGCAUCAAGUUCUGUUUAUUGCAAAAAGUUAUGUUUAUUGCAAAAUGUUGUGUUUAUUGCAAAAUGUUGUGUUUAUUGCAAAAAGUUAUGUUUAUUGCAAAAUGUUGUGUUUAUUGCAAAAUGUUGUGUUUAUUGCAAAAUGUUGUGUUUAUUGCAAAAUGUUGUGUUUAUUGCAAAAUGUUGUGUUUAUUGCAAAAUGUUGUGUUUAUUGCAAAAAGUUUUAUUUUACUAA